UUUAGCUUUUCUCUUGCUUUUGGUUUGGUUUUUCUUGGUUGGCUCUCGGUCUCGGCUUUCGCCACUAUAUACCCUCGCCAUCGCCACAUGUUUAUACUUUUUAUAAAUAAAAUAAAAAUACCUUUACUUUGACUAAAUGAAGUGAUAUCAUUCUAAACUAAAAACUAAACUAUUAAUAAUUUGUACCUAAUUAAGAAAAUAUUUAUCAAUAAUCAAAGCAAUCAACUUUUUAAUAAUGUCGAACCGCAGGGAACAGCAACAGUUGUUAACUGGAAAUCAGCCAUUACCGCAAAUAAUCAAAAAUGGCACUGAUAAUAGUGAAAGAUCACCGUUUCUUCAAGAUCGUAACAAGCCUGUAUCUCUCACGCCAUCAUGGGAGCAAAGAAACCUACCAAAUGAUGAGCUUAAUUUUAAGGGUAUGACAAUGGAUAGAGCUAAAAUGGAAAUAAGCCCGCCCUAUGACAAAUGGAAAUUGGUGUUUCUUAUAUUUAUGUUACACGGCCUUGGGACCCUAAUGCCUUGGAAUAUGUUUAUUACAGCCAAAAGUUAUUUUGUAGAGUUUAAACUUAAUACAACACUAACGACAAGUGAAGAUAGCACUUAUUCGACUAAUUUCUUAGCCUACAUUGGCUUUGCCUCACAAAUUCCAAAUGUUAUAUUCAAUUGGUUGAAUGUUUUCGUAAAUAUGGGUGGUGAUUUGACGAAACGUAUUGUUUGGAGUAUCCUUAUAGAAAUUUGUGUCUUUAUUGUAACAGUGGUGCUAGCGAUGUUAGAUUCAUCUAGUUGGCCUGGUGCUUUCUUUUGGAUAACAAUGUUUUGUGUUGUUAUACUUAAUAUGGCUAAUGGAAUUUACCAAAACACAGUUUUUGGCAUGGUUGCAACACUGCCAAUUAAAUAUACUGGAGCUGUAGUCUUGGGCUCGAAUAUAAGUGGACUUUUUGCUUCAGUCAUAUCAAUUUGUAGCUCUCUGAUCUUUAGCUCACAAAGAACAGCCGCUAUCUAUUACUUCAUAACAGCUAUGUUCGUCCUGCUAGUAUGUUUCGAUACAUAUUUUGCACUGCCACUAAAUAGAUUUUUUAGAUACAAUGAACUAAUGAGAGAAAAAGAGACUAAUCAAGUCGCAAUUGACGAUAAGAGCAGACCACCGUAUUGGGCUAUUUUCAAAAAAGCCUCUCCACAAUUGUUUAAUGUAUUUUUUUUAUUUUUUAUUACAUUAGCUGUUUUCCCAGCGGUUCAUUCAGACGUGAAACGAUCGGAUAAGGGAUUUUUCGUUCCUGAACAUUUGUACACUUCUAUCACAUGUUUUUUGACAUUUAACUUUUUUGCCAUGGUCGGAAGCUUGUGUACAUCUUGGGUGCAAUGGCCAAGACCAAAAUAUCUAUGGAUUCCUGUUGUUUUAAGAGUCGUAUUCCUGCCGUUGUUUAUAAUAUGUAACUACCAACCACAAAACAUAACACGUUCACUGCCCGUUUACAUACAUAAUGAUUUUGUGUAUUGGGCAAUAGCCAUCGUGAUGUCGUUUAGUUCCGGUUAUUUAAGUUCACUCGGUAUGAUGUACACUCCACAAACCGUUGCCCAAAAGCACCAAGUUACCGCUGGAAUGUUUGCAGCUGCCAUGUUGAUAACUGGAAUUUUCACCGGAAUAACCUUUACCAUGGUAUUUCCAAUUAUUGUGGCCAACGUAAGCUUUUAAUUAACAACUCCAACCGACAAUUAGAAGGUAAACCGCAAUAACAGGACAUUAAAUCACGUCAAACCAGAAAAAAUAAUCAACAAAAUAAUACAAUCAACAGAUUUUGCUCGAAGCAAGGAAUAUUAUUAACAUUAAGCAAUAUAUUUUUUAACAAACUCAACAAAUCAACAGAAAAGAAAAAAGAACUGCAAAAGACAAAUUCAUAAUAUCAUUGUUAGAUUAAGUUGCAUAUAAUAGCACACACCACCAUGACUAAAGAAAAUGGGUACAAUCAAAAAUAUUCUUGUUUAAGUAACUUAGACCAUCCCAUCUAAGCAUCAACAAAAACUUAAUAUUCAAAUUGUUUUCUUACGUCCACAAUUUAAAUGAUUCUUUCCUAUGGAACUUGUCGUGCUAAAUUAUAUGCUUCUUAAGGUGUACAUAAUAAAUAAUAUUCGAGUUUAGUAAAUAAUAAUAUUUGAAGCGAGAUAAAAAAAGUAAAUAUAAUAUCAACCAUGUAACACAAUAUGAAAACAAAAACAAAUUGUAUAUACAUAGUACAAACGUUUUAUAUUAAUUGUGUACUAUAAAAUGCGCGAAGACUUGUUAACUUAUUUCCUUUUUAUUUUGAAUUUGUAUCAUGUAUAAGAUUAUUAAUUUAGUUUUUGAUUUAUAAUACCAUUUAAAUAAUUUUAGGGUAAAAGAUUAUUUUGCUGCUAAGAAAUAUGGGAACGAUUAAAUAUUAUUAAAGAUUUAUAAAAGUUAAAACUUAAAAGAAAAAAAUAAUAAUUAAUUUAAAAAAAUAAAUAUGUUUAAAAUUUUCUAUACAACUUAUCCUAACUACUUUAAAUUUAGUCUAACUUUUGUUAAGUAGCAUUUCAUAUAAUGUUGCAUGUUCAAAUUACUAAUGGGCUCGAAAUGUAAGUGUUUAGACACAUUUUUAGUAGUUCUGGACAACUGGACAACUAGACAUAAGAACGAAAAUCGAACGAAGUUAAAUAUUUAAUGUAGCAACCGUGGUGGGAGUGAUGGUUAGUGCGUAGGACUGUCAUCCUAGAGAUUUUCCUUUUCAUAGGUAUUGCCUCUAUGCGAAAAUGACAAAUCCUCUAGGAGUAAAUCUUGUCAUGAAAAGUGCUUUCUCUAAUAUUCUCUUUGAAUUCGGCAUAAAAACUGUAAGUCCCCUUUUCCCUGCAUUGAUCGAACAAUCUAAUGAUUGAGAGUUUUAACUGGGCUGUUGCACAACCAAAUGUUGUUUAAUUCAUCUUUGGUUCAAAAUACAACCCAAAGAAUAAGAAAGUUAGAUUAACUUAUAAUUUUUGUAACUCUUUCAGAUCGAUUUUUAGGUAUGUUUUCAUUUCGGCGCAUCAAGUUGAGUUUAUACAUUUAAUGUUUAUUUUGACCACAUAUUUGGCAUCAGUCACGCAUUGUGUUAGCUUUUUUACCUUCUGAAAGAAAACCCAAAAAUCAAUUGAUUUCGUAUUAAUGACCUAACAAAAACAAUAAAUGUAGUCAUAUAUUCAUGCCUAUUACCGAUGUCGUCUUGUUUUUUCGACGACUCUCGUUUUCUCUGUCGUGUCGUUUUUUAAGUGGCAUUCUAUAAGUUCUUCGAUGCGACGAAUUUGUAGCAGAUUUUUAAACCAUGCAAAAGCAACAAACAAUUAAAGUCUAAAUAAAAAAUCAUUGGGCAGGUUCAGACGACAUAAGUGACUUGAAAGUUAGGCAAGUUUCUAGUAUCUGAUUGACCAGCUGCCAAAAAAUUACCUUCCAAUUAAGGCAACUUUAAUGAAAAGUAGACUGGAAAGUUAGUCACGAAAAAUCUCCCUAACUAUCAAGUCAAGUCUACUUCUAUCAACAUGUUUUUUCAUUCAACUGAAAGCUGAACUUUAUUGCUCUAUAAUUUAUUUAUUUUCUGCACAACUUUAUUUAAUGGUUUUUGUAAAAGGUAUCCUUGUCAAUUUGGAAAAAAAAAUAUCUAAUAUUUCUUUACAAUAGAAAAUACAAAUCGUGGUGGACUUGUAGCUUGCUUGAGGAGUGUUUUAAAGGCAGUAAUUUUGUUGGUACUUAUUGUACUAUGAACUUAAAGUAGAGAUUUUCGAAGUAAAGUUCUGAAUUUGAAAUUCAUGACGCUUGAUAAAGCAACUAUUUGCCUUGGUCAAAAUUUACGUUCAAAGAAUGAAGUUGACUGCAAAUGAAGUAACUUAUUUUGGCUUAACCUUCCCAUUGUUCAAUGUUAAAAAAAUGCGGUUUUAUUUAAUUAUUGGUAAAUAAAUAAGUUAUUAAAACGAUAAGUGUAGAAAUGUAUUACAACACGAGUAGCGAGAGUGAUGAUGAUGAAGAAUGUGGAGUACGCAGUCUUGCGUCUGCAUCUGGAUCUGUAGCAUAGAGGAAAUAUAUUUCCUCUAUGAUCUGUUGCCUGAGUUCGUGUUGAUGUAUGUCCGGAUGUAGUCGUCAAAGUAUUUGGAAGUAAAUUGGGCUGGGAUACACCAAUUGGAUUUCCGUUUUUGGUUUAACCACUGUUUGUAUUUAAG